AUGUCUGGCCGUGCUGCUCAGAGCGCUACCAAGAGAUGGCUCGGUGACAAGGGCACGUGGCCCGUGCUGGUUACCUGCGUGGCUGCCGCCGGCUUGUGCACGGCUCAGUGCGUGCGAUACCUGGCCGGCCACCCGGACGUGAACUGGAACAAGCAGAACCGUCAGGACAUCUUCCGCUACAAGGAGGACGUCGGCGCUGACUGGCAGUCGCACCGCCGCAAAAUCGCCACGAUCCACACCAACGUGAUCAACGAGGCCAAGGGUCUCAACAAUCGCUAA